AUAACGCGCACGGCGCACGGGGACGCGCACGCACUGGCUAGUUUAAUAGCCUGUUGUACAGUUCUAGCUAGCUCUCUUAUCGCUUUGAUAUAAAGACAAGAAUACGGAAGAUUUUUUUUUUAAAUCUCGUGUAUAUGAGUUUACUGGGAUUUCCUGCUCCUAUCAUGAGUUUAUUUCCUGGCCCACCCUCCUUCCGCAGUUGAUGAAUCUCCAGCCGGUUUGGAGAUGACGGACAGCGUCAGGGCCUUCCUCCGCAAUGUUGCGACGGGGAUGAAAGAUUCUAUUCUUGGGAUCAUGACGAUCACGAAGCUCGACGCUCGCAUCCAGCAGAAAAGGGAGGAGCAGCGGAGGCGCCGAGCGAGCGGCCCACUGGCACUGAGACGGGCGCAGAGUCAGGACCGUAAACAUGAGAACGAGCCCAAAUUAGCGAGUAGGAUUUUUCAGUGUUGUGCCUGGAACGGAGGCGUGUUUUGGCUAAGUCUGUUUCUUUUCUACCGAGUGUUUAUCCCACUGCUCCAGACUCUCACAGCAAAAAUUAUUGGAGAUCCGUCGCUCCACGGAAACGUGUGGUCCUGGUUGGAGUUCAUCCUAACGUCAGUGUUCAGUGCGCUCUGGGUUCUCCCUCUGUUUGUGCUCAGCAAGAUCGUCAAUGCCAUCUGGUUUCAGGACAUUGCCGAUCUGGCUUUUGAAGUAUCCGGACGCAAAGCUCAGCCUUUCCCGAGUGUGAGCAAGAUUAUAGCGGACAUGCUCUUCAACCUCCUCCUCCAGGCCCUCUUCCUCAUUCAGGGAAUGAUUGUGAGUCUGUUCCCCAUCGAUGCGAUCGGUCAGACGGUCAGCCUCCUGCACAUGUCUCUGCUCUACUCGCUCUACUGCUUUGAAUAUCGCUGGUUCAACCAUGGGAUCGAGAUGCACCAGAGGCUGUCGAACAUCGAGAGGAACUGGCCGUAUUAUUUCGGCUUCGGUCUGCCCAUGGCACUGCUGACUGCACUGCCGUCUUCGUAUAUCAUCAGUGGCUGCCUCUUUUCCAUCCUGUUCCCGCUCUUCAUCAUCAGCGCCAACGAGGCCAAGACCCCUGUAAAGCUUUACCAUUUCCAGCUGCGUCUGUUCUCCCUGGUGGUCCUGAUCAGCAACAAGCUCUUCCACAAGACGGUUCACCUGCAGACAUCUCUGACCUCCUCAAGCUCCACGGAGAAACUCACGUCUCCUCACGCGUCCCCAAUCCGCCACAAAGCUCCGCCCUCUCAGUGACCUCAGGCACUCUGCAGCCGGGAGUUUGAUUUGCGUUCUUUGUGUUUUUAAAUGCAUUUUAAUGUUCUUGCGGAUGAUUGACCAGGCUUUGUUUUAACUGUGAACGAUGAGCAUGUUGGAUGGGACAGAGCCGUGUCUCGACAGUGGCGUUCUGUUUGACUGAUUUUUGUACCUAUUGUGUGCCAUUUGGGUAAUUUUUAUAGAAACUACAGCACAAAAAUUUUAUUUUAACCACGUCACCCUCACCACCCUCACUGCUUUUUUUUUCCCUUACCCUUGCGAUUUAAUUGGACACCACAGCUAAUGAUUUGUGUCAAUAACGGUAAAGCGAUGGUACAAUUGAAAAUUCCCUUUAACCCACAAAAUGCUGUUACCUUCAUGCUUGCCUUCUUGAUUUGUUGUAAUCUCUCAGCCUGUCAUGCAUCCUUUAAUAAUAACACUCUUAUUAUUGUGAUAAACUAAACAAGCUGCUCUUUUUUUUUUUAACGUGAUUGCUCCUCUUUAAUAUAAAUGUACAGCUGGAUGCGAAACUCCAAUCAAAAGCUGUCAGCGAUCAAUAUGAAAACGAGGCUGCUGUAAACGCAUCUGAAACUGACGUUAAGCUCAGUAAAGCCAUGUCCAAGUCUAACCUCCACUACAGUCGCCGUCCCUCUUGCGAUAUUCAUAUAGACACAGAUAUUCAUAUAGAUAUCGCUUAGGAAUCUCAACAGGUUACUAAAGUUUUACUGAAGCACAUACAGAGGCCCUGUCUCACUGUCGGCGAGUCCACUCUGGGAGAGAGAUGUGUGGUGUACUUCUUCUUUAUUUUAUUGUUCUUUAUUUGUUUUUGUUUUUUGUUUUGAAAUGGUAUGUCAUCAUUGUAACAAGUGAGUAGUGUUACAAAUGCAGGUUGGUAUUUGUGAGUGACUUUUUUUUUGUAAAAAGUAUUAAACAAUUCAAUAAAUUUGAUCUGUAUAUACAA